AUGUCAGAUGCAGAAGAAACAGAAGAAGAUGGAGAAACAGAAAUGGAAGAAGACUAUAAUCCAAAUUAUAAAGAUGUAGAAAAUACACAACAAGAAUCACAAGAAGAUGACACAUUAGCAUGGAGCGGUUUUCCAGACGAGGAGGAGGGAGAGGGGGAGGAGGAAGGGGAGGAGGAAGAAGAGGGAGGAGAGGAAGGUGAGGAGAGGGAGGGGGAAGAGAAGGAGAAACGUGAAGAGGGGGAGGAAGAGGAGGGGGAAGAAGAGAAAGGGGAGGAGGAGGAGAGAGAGGAAGGGGAGGAAGAGGAAAGGGAGGGAGAGGAGGAUAGAGAGGGGGAAGAGAGGGAGGAAAGGGAGGAGGAAGAGGGGGAGGAAAGGGAAGAAAGGGUUUUAAAGAAAACCCAUACAGGUAGUGAGUCAAAGCAUUCGUUGCAAUCAGAGGGUUCUGAAACAAAUUUAAGACGCCUGAGCUCAGGACAUGAAUUUUAUGAUUCUGAUGAAACCAGUUUUGAGGAACAACAGGUUAGUUCACCUGAAAUACAGCCCUCAGGCGACCUUGAGGAGGAAACCACCCAGAUGCCCAAAGAUGAAUUGGGACAAGAAGGAAGAGAUUUAGAAUCAGAGAUGGAAAAGAAGGGACAGGAAAAGAAAGUAUCAGUCUUCCUCGAUCAAAAAGCAGGAAUCACCAGGCAGUCCAUGGUAUCCACUACCACGGAAGACAUUUUGUUCCAGAAAGAUGACAGCACCUUAUAUCCCUUGACCAUGACCUGGUGGUUUGGAUGGAACAGCUCUCUUCCUGUUUACUAUCUUCGAGAGGAAAAUGAGAGAGUUCUUCUGUUUGUCUGUGCUCACACUGCGGUCAUCUACAAUGUGUCCAGGAAUUAUCAGUACCACCUUCAGGGCCACCCCAAUGUUAUCUCCUGCCUCUGCGUCAGUGAAGACAGGCGGUGGAUCGCCACAGCAGACAAAGGGCCAGACUGCUUGAUCAUUAUAUGGGACUCCUUCACAGGUAUUCCUGUACACACAAUAUUUGACAGCUGCCCAGAAGGGAACGGCAUCAGGGCAAUAGCCAUGACCCGUGACUCCAAAUAUCUGGCAACCAUCUCGGAUGCUGAAGUCCAGAAAGUGUGCAUCUGGAAGUGGACUUUGGCGGUGGAAGUACCAGCAUGUACUCUUGAACUCCCCAAAGAGUAUGGUCUUCAGAACCACCUUACUUUUAAUCCAACUAAUGAUAAAGAAUUGGUGAGCAAUAGUAGAACACAGGCAAUAUAUUAUUCAUGGUAUGAAGAGAGAAAAAUACUUGCUCACAGUGCCCCACUUUUAACAGAAAAAACCUUCAACAAGCUCGUGGGAAAAUUUAGCCAGUCCGUCUUUCACUUGAAUUUAACACAAAUCCUCUCAGCCACACUGGAAGGGAAGCUGGUGGUCUGGGACAUACACCGCUCACCCUCAUCUUCAUCUGCCUUUUUGGGCUCUUCCUAUAUCAAGCCUUGUAAAUUGGUUCAUUUGCAGAAAGAAGCUAUCACUGUGCUUACUACAGUUGAUAGCUAUAUUGUCACAGGUGACAUUAAGGGGAACAUUAAGUUCUAUGAUCACACACUGUCUAUCGUUAGCUGGUACAGUCACCUCAACUCGAGCCCCAUAAGAACUCUGUCCUUUUCAAAGAUCCCAGCAUCUCCUCCUACGGAAAAAUCAAACUACCCUCCAGACUGCACUUUAAAAGGUGACUUUUUUGUUGUAAGGAAUCUUAUCUUUGGAACAUCUGACGCUGCCGUGUACCACUUAACGAUAGAUGGGACCAAACUUGAAAAGUUAUUUGUAGAGCCUAAGGAUGCCAUUUGUGCUAUCUCCUGCCACCCAUAUCAAUCCCUCAUUGCUAUAGGGAGCUUCUGUGGGAUGAUCAAAGUGUGGGAUUAUGAGAAGAAAAAGUACCUUUUCAGUAGGGUCUUUGAGAAAGGGCUUGGAGUGCAGAGUCUGACCUACAACCCCGAAGGAGCCCUUCUUGGAGCUGGCUUCACAGAGGGGACAGUGUAUAUUCUUGAUGCAAUGUCUUUAGAAAAUGAUACCCCAGAGCCUUUCAGAUAUUCCAGAACCAGCGUGACACAUAUAAGCUUUUCCCACGAUUCUCAGUAUAUGGCAACUGCUGAUGUAAGUUUUACCGUGGCCAUUUACAUGAUGGUAGUCAAACGUGGAAAAAGGGUCUGGGAAUAUUUAGCAAGACUUCGUUCUCAUCGCAAAAGCAUCCAGAGUCUCCUGUUUGGGGUUCACCUGGACAGCAAUGAGCCCAGACUGCUGAGCCUUGGGAGAGACAGGCUUUUGAUAGAGUAUAAUCUUCGCCGGAGCUGCAAAGACCACCUAGAAGUCCUGGACAUUCACCGAACUGACCAGGGCGACUACCCCACCUGUAUGGUCUGGUACCCACCGCUGGCCAAGGAGCUCUUCCUACUCAUUUGCAAUAGUGGCUACAAAGUGAAGCUUUUUAAUUCUACCACCAAAAUGUGCAGAAAGACACUCCUUGGACCAGCUUAUGGUUCUCCUAUUGAGCAGGCACAAGUCCUCCCAGCGAGGACCACCAUGGAACUACAGAAGCGCUACUUGGUGUUCAUUAACAGAGACAAGGUUGGACUUCAGAUAUUACCAGUUGAUGGCAAUCCACAUAAGACAUCUGCUAUAAUUUGCCACCCAAAUGGGGUGGCUGGAUUGGCCCUUUCCUACGAUGGUUGCUAUGCCUUCACAGCAGGAGGACACGAUCGCUCGGUUGUACAGUGGAAAAUCAACUUAAGCGCCCUGGAGGCAGCAGUUUCUCUUGGGGGUGAUGACCUGAUCCCGUUCUAUGGUCUGGUGUCUGGUGGCAGGGAAGGAAAAUUCUACAGGGAGCUAGAAGACUAUUUCUACUAUUCUCAGCUCCGCAGUCAAGAUAUCGAUACAAUGGAGACCAGAAAGGUAUCAGAACAUAUUUGCCUGUCGGAGCUUCCUUUUGUCAUGAGAGCAAUCGGCUUUUACCCAUCUGAAGAGAAGAUUGAUGAUAUGUUUAACGAAAUCAAAUUUAGUGAGUACGUGGAAACGGGAAAGCUAAUUGACAAAAUCAACUUACCAGAUUUCCUCAAAGUUUAUGUUAAUCAUAGGCCACCUUUUGGUAACACCAUGAGUGGCGUCCAAGAGAGCUUUAAUGUUCUUGGUUAUACCAAUUCAAAAGGAAAAAAGGCUAUUCAAAGAGAGGACUUCCUGAAACUGCUCCUAACUAAAGGUGAGCACAUGACAGAAGAGGAGAUGUCUGAUUGCUUUGCUACGCUGUUCGGCCUGAAUCCUGAAGGGUGGAAAUCUGAGCCUGCAACCUCUUCCUUCAAAGGUGCAGAAAUUUGUCUUGAAGAAGAACUUCCAGACGAAAUCACUGCAGAAAUAUUCACGACUGAAAUUCUUGGCUUAGCCAUUUCAGAAGAUUCCGGAUAGGAUAGGAUGAUCACUGAAGUUGUAAGGAAUGUUUAAAGCUCAGAGGACUUUGUGUGUGGAUGUGUGUGUGUUUUCCAAGAGGCACCACUUUUCCUACAUCUCCCUAGCCCCACUCUCAUCUUUAGAACAUUUAGACAUUAAAAGAAAAUUUCUGUUAAGCAACGGAAUU